GUACGUGAUUAGACUGCGCGCAGGAAAGAGCGGCGACAAGCACUGAUUUGACCGCGGCCCAGAUCGUACCUGACAGCUUCGCGCGGGACUCCCCCAGAACCUUUCAUCUCUCAACUCCCAUUUACUCGUUUCACUCUUUCAUCUGAAUCUUCUAUCCAUCCAUCCAUUUUAAUCAUGGAAGGCACGAACCAAGCCACCAAACGCUCUCGGCCACUUUCCUCCGACUCGGUCUCGAACAUGCACCAGCCAAAGCGCCACCAACCGACUCCCUUCGACCCGAACAUGAACAUGAGCCAGUUCAAUCAACCACUCUCUUUCGACCAGAGCGCGAACAUGCCCCAAAUCAACCAGCCGCUCUUCUUCGACGGAAGCUCGAACAUCGACCCAACUAACUCGCAACUCUCUUCCUCAGACCCAAGCUCUUACCUGAACAACUCGAACCCCAACCAACAGCCACCCAGCACAUCGUAUGGCAGCCAGAGCUCCCCUCCCUCUGAUGGAUAUGCUGUGCCGGCUACUGGUUACUAGGAUUCGUUGGAUAAAGGACAAGGCAAUAUGGUCUACGUUGGCAUUCAGCGGUCGGAAGAAGACGUCGCUGGAGCGGGUGGCUGGAUUGGCCCGAACACGCAACGCCUCUUACACUUCGUCGAAUCAAGAUAUCCAAUGGACCCGGAGUUGAAAAUCGAAUA